AUGCAAAUCCCUCCAGCCUGCAGCACCGCCUUUGCCGCACUGCUCCGCCAGCCUGGUGAAGGCGUCGCACAGUGUGGGCAGCAGGGUGAGAAAGACCUUGGCGCACAUGGCGCCGUAUGGCGUCAGGCUGCUGACGUUUGUGACGGUGACGGACUUUGUGCCUUGGGAUCUUACGGUCUCGGUGGCAGUCUCAUUUUCGACCAAGUCGGAGGUGAACGUCUGCCCGGCGUAGGCAGAGACGUACGCACAUGUGAACUCGGCGGCGAACUUUGUGAGCCCCUCCACCAGGCCGUCCAGUAG